CCAAGCGGCACAGCCGAUCAGCACCACGGACAGCAGCAGUCGCAGCAGCAGUAGUCGCACCGGCGCAGCCUUUCGCUAUGGCACAGACUCACUUGCAGGGAGUGGAGAUCUCAGCUUCUCAGUUUCUGGAAAUCUGGCGUCAUUACGAUACAGAUGGGAAUGGCUUCAUUGAAGGCAAAGAACUGCAGAACUUUAUACUGGAGCUCCAGCAAGCCAGGAAGAAGGCAGGGCUGGAUUUAUCUGACCAAAUGAAAGCCUUUGUGGAUCAGUAUGAAAACAAUACUGACGGAAAGAUUGGAAUAGCAGAGCUGGCUCAGAUCUUACCCACCGAAGAGAACUUCUUGUUGUUCUUCAGGCAGCAGCUGAAGUCAAGUGAGGAGUUCAUGCAGUCGUGGAGAAGAUACGAUACUGACCACAGUGGCUUUAUAGAAACAGAUGAACUUAAGAGCUUCCUUAAAGACUUGCUAAAGAAGGCAAACAAACCAUGUGAAGAGACAAAAUUAGAAGAAUACACACAUACCAUGCUCCUGAUGUUUGACACCAAUAACGAUGGAAAACUGGGCCUUACAGAAAUGUCAAUGUUACUUCCUGUGCAAGAGAACUUCCUUCUAAAAUUCCAGGGUGUCAAGAUGUGUGGAAAAGAAUUCAAUAAAGUCUUUGAGUUAUAUGAUAAGGAUGGCAAUGGCUAUAUAGAUGAAAAUGAACUGGACGACUUGCUGAAAGAUCUAUGCGACAAGAAUAAAAAGGACCUGGACAUUAACAAUCUCUCAACAUAUAAGAAGAGUAUCAUGGCCUUGUCAGACGGAGGAAAGCUUUACCGGACGGAACUGGCACUGGUACUUUGUGCGGAUGAAAACUAACAGCCUGGCUCUCCAACAAACUGAUCUACUGUGCACUAUGAACAUAAUAGGCUCUAACCUAGUUCUUUUUUAACUGCAUAUAGAGCAAUGAUUCUCAAUCAGCUACUCUCCUGCUACUGAACUAUAACUCCCAGAAAUCUUUAUUCGCAGCACCAGGGUACUGGGAAUUAAAGGGACACUAUCAUCAAAAAUAAAGUUUGCAUUUGUGCCUGGAUAAAAUGUGUAAUGUUAGUAAAAUACAUUUGUGUCACCAAAGCAUAUCCCCCCUGCUGUUACAGCUCUGUCACACUUUGUGGCUCAGAUUCUAGUUACUUAUGUGUUCCAGUGCCCAGGACCUAGCAGGGACCUGCAAUAAUGCUGGUGUUUUAAGGAGAAAGGGGUGAUUUGUGUUCAAAAAUGACAUAUUUCAGUUUGCACUUGCUUUGUAUAUAAGGCCCCCUGUCUGAAACUUGGGUUGCCGCCUCACCCCUUUAAUACCAGCCGCAUAUUGAAUCCACACCCUGAAGGGCUAAUUAGAACUUUAGGCUAAUGUCAGACCAGGCAUAUGGCGUAUAUUUUCGGCAAGCUGAAAAACGCUUGCUGAAAAUACUGCCAUACGCCUCCUACCCGUGCCUGCACCCGAAUGAAUAGAAAACGCUCGGGUGCAGGCACAUGUAGCCCGAAUACGCACAAAAACGCAAGACUUUGCAUACACCUGGUCUGACAUUAGCCUUAGAUGCAUUCUGCAGACUGGACUGAUUUAUGUUACGCCAUGCAGCAUGCAUCUAACUUAAUUGCUAAUUAGCCAUGCAGGAUAUGGAUUCAACGUGCGGCUGAUAUUAAAGAGUUGAGGUGGCAGCCCUAUCUGAAACCCCUUUUUAUGACACUGGCCAAAGUUGCACCAUGGCAGCCAAUCAGAUGCUUGUUUUUAUUGUUCUACCUGCAGGUGACUGAAAAUGCUAAUCAUUGAUUGGUUGCUGUGGGUUACUGCUCAGGCGCAAAAUUGCUCAGUGUUUAUAAAUGAUCCCUAACAGCAUUGAAAUGUCACCCUUUGCUCCCUGUAUGAAUUCCAUGCUGUUAUUUUCCCAUUAGCAGUUAAGGGGGGCAAUUCUAGAAGUGCUUAAAAACAAGAAAAUUUAGGGAUGAUAGUACCCACUCACAGUUCAGCAGCAGAUGGAGAGCGCUCACUUAGUUUUGCUUUAUAUAGAGAAUUAGCCAGGGUGUGCGACAACUCCUCAUUUUAUUCUGGUUUGUUUCUAUACUGUUUGUAAUGUACAGUUUUUUGUAACUAUGCUCAAGAACAAAAAAAGAGGGACUUUGUUUAGAGCCAGAAUGUAUAUUUGAAAAAAAAAAUAAUGUAAAAAAUGUUUUCGUUUUUUUUUUUGCGGUCUUGAAAAUUUCACAGCUAAAAUAAUGGGAAAUGAUUAACCCUCGCUUUGCCACUCUUCUGAUCACUUCUGUUAUUGAAUAUAGAGAAAAUAAAGCAGGAUUGCACGGCAGUGCUGAAUACGUUAUAUAUAUAUAUAUAUAUAUAUAUAUAUUGAACAUCGGAAAUCAGCAGGUUUUUACAUUCUAAAAUGCACGAGAUUAUAAUAUAUUCUUAAUUCUAAAUACGUGAUAUAUAGAUAUGUAUAGUCCUACCAAUAGCAAUACAAACCAACAGGGUUAUUUUAGAAUAUUGCCAGAGACUCUAUUUUGGGAUGUACCUACAGUGCUUUGUAUUUACCUUUUUUUUGGAGCAGUGGAAUGUGCCAGUCUGCAUGUUCAGCUUCUCACACUCUCUCAGAGCCUUAUGUUUUUCAAGGCAUGCUGGGAGCGGCCGUUGAGCAAGAGCUGGCGAUCCAUUAGUUGGGCAUGCCUAAAAGAAACCAGUUUGCACACAUUAUAAGCAGCAGAUACAAUUCUUUGAGAUCAGUAAUAUGACAACCCCAUAGAUAUAUAUGUGCCAACUGAAGGCCAGGUGGCGGCUCUCCCAUCCUGUACGCUCGCACGUCUCGUGCAAAUUCUGUGCAAAACAACCCUCCCCCCCCCCAAUGAUUUGCACUCGAUUGAGAUCUGUGAUGAGCAUUCUAUCCAACUGAUGUUUUUACACCAUGUUCUCUGUAUUCUGCAAUUAAAUGCAAUGCAUAAAACCUU